AUGGCCAUGGAGAAAACAAGUUAUUGCAAUGGGAAAACGCAAAUCCCCCGGAAAAAUUCGCGGCCGCGAGCAAAAUGGGAUGAAAUUUUUAAAGCACUCGUAAAAUUAUCCAAGAACGUGGGGAGAGAGCGACAGUUUCUUGAAGAUAGGAUGAAAUAUUUGCACGAAGUCAUUUAUAAGAUGAAGAUGGAUAAGAAAUUUGAGGCUUCUAGGGCAGAUUUUUUUCUGGGUUUGAGGGAGAAGGAGACUUUUGCUUACAAGCAUAGAUAUGGGUGGUUCCUUUCCUUUUUUUGGAAUCAUUUAUGCUUUACUCAGUUUAGUUACUGUCAAGUUUGGGCAUUUGAGACACUGACUGAGUUAGGAAGACACUAUGCUGAAAAUAGUGGUAGUGGCCGACUUCUGAGAAUGAUUUCUUGGAAAAUGGAUAAGCAGUUGCUAAGCGAGAAGCUUAAAAAGUUUUUCAACAUGUCGGAGGCACUUAAAAACGAGGUGAGGAAGCUGAAGAGCGCAAUUGAGAAAUGUAAAUCGGAUAAGAACACCGAGAUUACUGCCCUCUUGGCAGAGAAGAAAUUUGUUUGGCAUCAACUGAAAAAAACGGAGGACGUCUUGGAGAAAGAAAUAAAGAGAAAAGACGAAGAAGUUAAGUACGCAAAUGAAAAGCUUCGACAAAUAGUAAAUACGGCAGAAGAAUUACAGCUCUCACAUGAAAAUUUACGAACCACCUUCGCCCGGCUGGAGGUCGAGUCGGUUAGAAGAAUAACCCAGAGAAAGCAAAAUGCUUGUAAGUCGGCAGAGGGAAAGUUCCCAAGGAAGCAAUUCGUCACGAAGGGUAGCAACAGUAGUAGUAGGAGUAGUUCAAAGAGAAAGGCAGUGGGAGUUAUUACUAUUCAAGAUUCCCCGAAGUUGUUCAGAUCCGAUUUCAAAGUCCCUAAGUUGAAGCCUUCGAAAUCUCCAAAAAAUGUUUGAAUUUUCCCCGACAUGCUUUUCCAGCGGGUCAGUUUUAGAAGAUUUUUUCGUGUACAAUUUUACUUUCCCCUUUUUAAUUUGCAAAUUUGCGUAUCGUAAUCAUCUAAUUCUUCAUCGUUGUAUAUGCAACUGACAAUGAAAGGUUUGAGUACAGUUUUGAACUUUAGGUUCAGCAAUUUUUAGUUGCCAAUGUUCUAAACUACUGUGUAAUUCUGGGAG